UGACUGGAACAACUCCCACACGAACAUCAGCUGAAGAUGCGCAGUCGCAGUAAAAGGCAUGCAGAACUCAUGAAGGUGAAGAUCAGAGUAAUGCAGCAUUUCUUUGACCUGAAGGAAAGUGGUCUUCUGGAUCAGAAAACUGUGCACGUGGUGAAAGAGGCCAGAUGUGGAGUACCCGAUAUGGAGAACUUCAGCGUUUAUCAUGGAUGGUCCAAAUGGAAGAGCAACACCAUCACUUACAGGAUUGCGAGAUAUACCCCUGAUCUCAGUCGAGAAGAGGUGGAGAACUCCUUGCGUUUGGCUCUAAAUAUAUGGAGUGAUGCUGCUCCUCUGAAGUUUGUCCAAGUAAACCAUGGCAGGGCAGACAUUACCUUCUCUUUUCUCUCCAAAGCACAUGGAGACUUUUUCCCUUUCGAUGGGCCUGGAGGGGUGCUAGCUCACGCUUUUGACCCUGGAGAGGGAACUGGAGGAGAUGUUCACUUUGACGAGGAUGAAACAUGGACAGCGGGACAUAGCAGACUAGGUGCAGCACAUUACAUGUGGAUGAGAACAAACUGGAAGACAUACCGGAACAGACUAAGAGAAGGUCCUCAGAGUGUUUUUCUACCGAGCGUCACCUCGCCUGUAGAUGCAGCCUAUGACAUUCCUUCAAAACGACUGGUAUAUGUGUUCACAGGGCCUAAAUAUUUUGUGGUUCACAAACUGGAGUCGAAGAGCUAUUAUGGCUCCAUCUAUGAGUUUGGAUUUCCAAAAACAGUAAAACAAAUAGAUGCUGCUGUUCAUGUCAGUGAACGCGGAAAGACCUACUUUUUCACAGGAGACUACUAUUUCAGUUAUGAUGAGAAAAGAAGUGUGAUGGAUCCUGGAUUUCCAAGAAAAAUUUAUCCGGAUUGGCCUAGCAUUUUUGGGAAGGUGGAUGCAGCUUUUGAACUCAGUGGCCAUAUUCACCUCUUCUGCAGAUCAAAGUCAUUUAUCUUCAGCCAUCAGAAAAGACGUUUGCUGCGCAUUAUCAACACUAAUGCUUGGCUUGGCUGCUAAGAAUUGAAAAAAGAGACAAAAACAACUGAUCAAAAGUACAGGAAGGAAAUGUUUGACUGACUAUUGUGCCUCAUACAUCAAAUGUUAAAUAAGUUUAGUUGUACAGUAUGAAGUUAUUUCAUGACAUGUGGUCAGAAUUAUCAGUGAAGAAAUUCAGUGUCUUUGAAAACAUAUCUGCAUAUCUCUGAUUGACUAUAUUACUUAAAAUAACUUUGAACAUAAAGCAUCAUCAUUACGGUAGUAAACUCGUUUAGUUAACAUCAUGUGAGAAAAUAAGCAAAACCAUAUUUUCACUUGACUUUUAGUUCAUGUGAAUGCCUAUGGUAUUAUGAUGCUAUUUCAAUUGUACAUUUGACACUUAAAAAAAACAAAAACAAUUGAUGCAGUCCUGGUCUGGAAGCAUGAGAAAAUAGGCAAAAAAGACUGGCGUAACUGAACUAAGAGCACAGACACAUAGCGUCUCUGAUUUAAACUGAUAUGGCUUGUUGACCUAGUUUGGCUUAGUAAUCAAAAUAUCAUGGGCUCAGACCAUAUACGAGUAUAGAGAAUGUUCAAGAGCUGCAUGGGGAAUGAUUUAUUGUAGCCUGCAGCUCUAACAAGUCCUCGCUUACCCUGACUUUCUCAGUGACCACAUUUUUUACAUACAAGCCACAAUACAUAUCACAUUUAAAUGCAUUAUGUUGGCUCACCAAAACAUGUUGUGUAACAUUUAAGAUCAUUUAUGCUCACCAAUGAUGUAUUCAUGACCAAAAAUACAGCAAAAAAAAAGCAAUACUGUUAAAUAGUACAAUUUAUAACAACCAUUUUUAACUUAAAUAUAUUUUAAAAUGAAAUUCAUUCCUGUAAUG